UUUUGUUUGUUUGUUACGAUGAAAGUGUUUGUGUACGGAACACUACAAAGAGGCCAGCCGAACUCAAAGCUGUUUGACAACACAAAGGACGGCCAUUACAAGUACUUGGGUGUUGGUGUAACCGUUAAAAAGUAUCCGCUGGUGAUAGCCUCAAUGUUCAAUAUACCGUUCAUGUUGCCCGUUGAAGGAAGCGGCAAUAAUAUCAGAGGAGAAGUGUACGAAGUGGACGAGCGGAUGCUGGAAGCUUUGGACGGACUUGAGCGUCAUCCAGUCUUUUACCGUCGCGAGAUGAUUCCUGUCACGUGUGAGGAUGGCUGUGUUGUAGAGUGCGGCUGUUAUCUCUUGUUUGACUUCCGGAAGGAACUGUUGGAACUUCAGUUCUAUGACUCUUAUGACUCCAACGGAUCUCAUAAUCUACCAUACGUUCUGAGGAGCGAGAGGAAAACAAACGAUAAGGAUGGUAUUUCGACUGUGAUGUCAUUGGUGAAGAAUAUAUAAAAUAAUUGAAUUCCAAAUUGUUUCACUGCCUAGUAUAUGACAGAAUUGUGUCUACAAACAGUUGAAUAGCGUUAGCGAGGCAGGUCAUAAUUACCGACCAUUUUUUGAUAAGACUAUAUUUUGUAUACAGAAUUCAUGGCAAAUACACACUUCACCUUCUAGAAAAGGAUUCGAACCCUGGACCUCAAGCUUACUAGUAUUUUGCUUAUCUAAUCGAGGUUUUUAGAGAAGAUCUCUCUAAGCUAGCCGAGCAGUGUAUUGCGGCGAGUAUUUACCAAGGGUACUCAUUCCCCCUCCUGUAAAGAACCUGUUUUUGAGUUUACAUGUCUUACAUCGAUAAGUAUGAUGUAUGGCUAGGUAUUAUUUUCAAAUAAGUAUUUAUUUCAAUACCAUCACAAGGAUUCCUGACCAUGUUCGUUAAUCUUACGCUAAACUACAGUAUUCUACACGUAAAAAUCAAAGUAUCGAAAGAUAUUGUGGGAAACGGAGAUUUCUGGUGAUUGUACACACAAGUGAAUAGCACCUUUUCAUGAUUUAGAGUUGGAUACAGUCGAGUCAAACAACGAAAUAAACUGAACUCUACAGCUGUUUCAUCCUCCUAGGUUUGUAAGUGGUAUUCAGAGCCUCAAUUUUGAAGCCUAGGAGGCGACCGAGGAAAAAUAUAGUGAUCGAAAGAAUGUCAAAACUUUGGGCCGGUUUCCAAAACGGCCCCUUCUCUGAUUCAAAUUUCCUGUUGGUGGUACAUUGCCCAUGCCG